AUGGACAAAGAUGUUAACAGGCGAAUUCAAGAGUGUGCUGGAUGUGCGGCCGUUAGUUCCCAGCAUCCUCCAGAGCCGAUGAUACGCAAAGAAAUGCCAGACCGAGCGUGGCAGGAAUUGGCGGUAGAUUUUUUUACUGCUAAAGAAUGUGCAACGUUUUUAGUCGUAGUUGAUUACUACAGUAGAUAUCUUACUGUCAUAGAAAUGAAAACUACAAAUGCGGCUCAAACUAUAGAUGCGUUGGAAGGAAUGUUUAGAAUUCACACGUAUCCGGAAACUAUUAGAGCUGACAACGGACCUCCUUUUGCAAGUCAGGAUUUCGCGAACUACUGUGUCAGUAAAAAUAUCAGGCUUAUACGAACAAUCCCUUACUGGCCCCAAAUGAACGGUCUUGUUGAACGCCAAAAUCAAGGCAUUCUCCGUACAUUGCGCAUAGCAAAAUCGAUGAAACAAGAUUGGCGAAAAGCAGUUCAAGAAUAUGUCUAUUUCUACAAUACGAGGCCUCAUUCCGUAACUGGUAAGACUCCUUUAGAAUUGUUAACGGGUAGGCCUGCAAAGGACCUUCUGCCCUCAUUAAGAACCGAGGCAUAUUGGAGCCGUGAUGAUGAAGUACGAGACAACGAUUCGAUCCAAAAAAUGAAAGGAAAAAUGUAUGCCGAUAAACGUCGACAUGCAAAAAAAUCCGGUAUCAAGGUUGGAGACAGGGUGAUGAUAAGAAAUUACGAUUCCGGUAAAUUACAACCAGGCUUCCAACCGGAAAAAUUCAAAGUAAUUAAAAGGAAAGGAGUGGACGUACGCGUAGUAAAUGAAGAUGGCGUUGUGUACCGACGUCCGGUAAGUCACCUUAGGCUUUGGCCAAUUCCGCGACAGGUGAUCACUUCUUCCAAUAAGGAUCAGGAAACACAAGAAAAAUCUUCGAAAUCGUUCGAAUCCGAGAAAGUUGAAUCCGAUUUGACGAAGGAAACGAUGGCAGAUGAUCCAAGCACAGCUUCGAAGGAGAGGCCAAGGCGAAAUCCUAAGAAACCAAUUCGAUUUGCGGAAUGA